UUCGAGCAGCAAUUCAGUCCCGCGCUCUGAGUGAAGGUGAAGUGAAGAUGAAGAAGAGAGGUUCGUCAGCGAAAUCGCUCUCCAAGGCGAAAUCCCUUCUUUCUCCUCUCCCCUCCCCGUCGGCGGAGAUCAGAUCCGGCGAGGCUUACGGAUUCAACUCCUUUGUUUUUGCUUCUUCCAGCAAGAAGAAAGGCCUGUCUCCAGCUUCCGUCCUCCGAUCUCCGUGCACUCCCGCGAAGCCGCUGUCGACAACUUCAGAUCUAAAGGAUCUGGCCUGUUCAGGCAUCGAAUCUUUGAAGCGGCGAGCUGAAGUGAACGACACUGACGUUCUCAAAGAGAUCGAUGCCUCCUAUAGUAGGAUCUCCAAGAGAUUUAAGAUCCAGACACAAGCAUGCAUGCAAUUAGCUGAGGAAGCAGAAAGGGAGUAUAAGAAGAUAUCAGAUAAGAUUGAUGAAAAUAUGAAAGCAAUAAAGGGUUCAUACGUGGAUUUCAUGGCUGAAGUUCAAGCAGCAACUUCACGAGUGUGCAAGGUAUCCAUUCCAGAGCUUGCGAAAUCAGCUGAGAAGGCUAUUGAGGGCUUGCAUGGGCGCUACGGUAUUACUGCAAAUUUAGCAUGAUUUGUCAAGCAGCGACCAUCGAAUUACGGUAUUACUGCAAAUUUUAGUCUUAACGAUAUGCUUUGAAAUGCGUGCAACAUGCAAUAUUAAUUUUGAUUCGUUAAUCAUGCAUUAUGUGCUCGUCUUGAAAUAAAUUUGACGGCUACUCGUUUGUCAUCUCUGUGUUCUUCAUGCCUCCAUAAUCCUUCCUUUAUGGCUGAUCAUUAAGCUGCUCAUCGACGCUCAAAAAUUUUCUUU